UGGGCGCCGGCGGAGAGGAGGGAGAUCCGAGCGUCAGCUGCGGCGCCGGACUGCUCGGCUGAGGAGCGAGCGUAACCAUGGAGGACCUGGGGGAGAACACCACAGUCCUGUCCACCCUGAGAUCUCUGAAUAACUUCAUUUCUCAGCGAGUGGAGGGAGGAUCAGGCCUGGAUGUGUCCACCACUGCCUCAGGGUCCCUACAGCUGCAGUAUGAGCAGAACAUGCAGCUGGAGGAACGAGCAGAGCAGAUCCGUUCGAAGUCCUACCUCAUCCAAGUGGAGCGGGAGAAGAUGCAGAUGGAGCUGAGCCACAAGAGGGCUCGGGUGGAGCUGGAGCGAGUUGCCAACACCAGUGCCAGGAACUAUGAGCGUGAGGUUGAUCGUAACCAGGAGCUCCUGGCACGCAUUCGACAACUCCAGGAGUGUAAGGCUGCAGCGGAAGAGAAGAUGCAGGAGCAGCUGGAGCGUCACAGGCUGUGCAAGCAGAGCCUGGAUGCUGCCAGCCAGCAGCUUCGGGAACGGGAGGAUGGCCUGGCUGCGGCCAAGGAGACGAUCAGUUCCUUGAAGGGCCGUGUCUCUGAGCUGCAGUUGAGUGCCAUGGACCAGAAGAUGCGAGUGGAGAUUCUGGAGUCUGAGAAGCAGGAACUGAAGGAGCAGCUGGACCUGCAGCAGAGGAAAUGGCAGGAGGCAAAUCAGAAGAUUCAGGAACUGCAGUCCAGUCAAGAAGAGAGAGCUGACCAUGAGCAGAAGAUUAAGGACCUGGAGCAGAAGCUGUGCCUACAAGAGCAGGAUGCAGCUGUGGUGAAGAGCAUGAAGUCUGAGCUGCUGAGGCUUCCUAGGAUGGAGCGCGAGCUGAAGAGGCUGCGUGAGGAGAACACUCAUCUGAGGGAGAUGAGGGAGACCAACGGACUACUCACAGAGGAGCUGGAAGGUCUGCAGAGGAAGCUGGGCCGUCAGGAGAAGAUGCAGGAAGCUCUGGUUGACCUGGAGUUGGAGAAGGAGAAACUGCUUGCAAAGCUGCAGAGCUGGGAGAAACUGGACCAGACCAUGGGCUUGAAUCUCAGGACUCCGGAGGACCUUUCCAGGUUCGUGGUUGAGCUGCAGCAGCGAGAACUCGCCCUGAAGGAGAAGAAUAACACCAUCACCUGCAGUGCCCGGGGUCUGGAGAAGGCCCAGCAGCAGCUCCAGGAUGAGGUCCGGCAGCUCAGUGCACAGCUGCUGGAGGAGAGGAAGAAGAGGGAGACACACGAGGCACUGGCCCGAAGGCUCCAGAAGCGCAAUGUGCUGCUGACCAAGGAGCGAGACGGCAUGCGUGCCAUCCUGGGAUCCUACGACAGUGAGAUGACCCAGGCCGAGUUCUCAGCCCAGCUGACACAGCGCAUGUGGGAGGCCGAGGACAUGGUUCAGAAGGUGCAUGCCCACAGCUCGGAGAUGGAGGCUCAGCUGUCUCAGGCCCUGGAGGAGCUUGGGGUUCAGAAGCAGAGAGCCGACACUCUGGAGAUGGAGUUGAAGAUGCUGAGGACCCAGACAAGCUCAGCUGAGGCCAGCUUCCCGUUCUGCAAGGAGGAGGUAGAUACACAGAGAGAUGGUAUCUCCUUUAGGAACAUCUCAGACAAUCCCCGCCUGCCAGGUGACUACAAUCAGAGUCGAACCAAAGUGCUCCACAUGAGCCUGAACCCAGCCAGCAUGGCCAGGCAGCGCCAGCGUGAGGACCAUGACCGCUUGCAGGGGGAAUGUGAGCGGCUGCGGGGACUCGUGCACGCUCUGGAGAGAGGGGGGCCCAUCCCUGCAGAUCUGGAGGCUGCCUCCAGCUUGCCCUCAUCCAGGGAGGUGGCAGAGCUGCGCAAGCAAGUGGAAAGUGCCGAGCUGAAGAACCAACGGCUCAAGGAGGUUUUCCAGACCAAGAUCCAGGAGUUCCGCAAGGUGUGCUACACACUGACUGGCUACCAGAUCGACGUGACCACCGAGAGCCAAUACCGCCUCACCUCCCAGUACGCCGAGCACCAGUCCGACUGCCUCAUCUUCAAGGCCACAGGACCCUCGGGCUCCAAGAUGCAGCUUCUGGAGACGGAGUUCUCCCGCUCAGUGCCUGAGCUCAUCCAGCUGCACUUGCUGCAGCAGGACAGCAUCCCUGCCUUCCUCAGCGCGCUCACCAUUGAGCUGUUCAGCCGCCAGACCUCCAUCUAGCCUCUGCCCUCCGGCAUCCUCACUCUACAGCCGCCGGACCUCAGCCUAGCCUACACCCCACAUUGUCCCCAGACCCUUUGCCACCCGUAGCUGCGUCAUGCCACAAACACUAGCCACAGCCUCUGCUCAAGCAGCCACCCUGUCCCUUGUCCCUAGCCAGCAGGAGCAGCUGCUGGGGAUGGCCAAGGCAGAUCACACUCUCCUCUCUUACCCCAAGCACUGGGCCUCUCCUCCCAUCUCCCCAUUCUACGGCCCCUCCAUGCCCUGUCCCAAGGUGUCCCCACACAAGCUUCCAGUCCCAUGUGUUGGUUGCUUGGGCCACUCUGGUGGCUAGGCUGUGGCCUGAGUCCACAGUCUCAAUGAAAUAAAGUUUUAUCUUUAUUAUUCUC